CGUCGUGACGCAGACGCAGACGCCGUUCCAACCCCGUCGUCUCGUCUCUUCGCCAUCUCUUCCCCAACCCGACAAGCGCGCAGCAAGUCUUUUCUUCCCCCCUUCUCUCCUCCGCCGGAACUCUCUCUCUCUCUCUCUCUCUCGGCAUUGGGACUGCGCACUCCAUCGCGUCCACCCCCUUUCUCUCCCCCCUUCUGCGGCCUGCGGGUAUGGAUCGGGAGCACACUUAAAAAUCCAGCACGUCCACCCACCUCAUGCGUCGUCGGUAGGGGCAUAUUUCCUAGGCUCUACCAACCUUGGAUUCUUCCUGGGCCUCUCGCCGCUUCCCGUGAUCGGCCGCAUUGUGUUCUGGCCGGGGUGUCCUUGGAGUGGCCCGCGGCCGCGUGAGUGGUUUCUACUUCGAGAAAGUUGCCUUUUUUCCGUGCGGGCGCAAUGGCGAACGACGGCGAGCUGUCGGCGGUCGCCGCCGCCGCCGCCGAGCCUGACUUGGAGCGGGGCCGCGUCGGCGGCGGAGGAAAGCGGCCAGGCGGGGAGAGCUCCGUGGAGGAGGAGGAGCAGGGGGAGGGGAGCCAGCGCUUCUCCGACGCCGAGGACCGGUCAUGGCACUCGCGCCAGAACUCCGCCGCCCUCGAGGACCGCGCCUCGACGUCCGCGUCCGUCCGCUCCUGCGCCGGCGCCGCCGCAGGGGACGGGGACAAGGAAGGCGAGGCCGCGGCCGGGCGCGACAGGAAGUCGUGCGUGUCGGAGUGCUCGCUGGACGACGUGGACCUGGAGGCCGGGCCGGCCGCCGAGAUCACCAAGGCCAGCCCCGACAAGGACGAGAUGAACUGCCGCAUCUGCCACCUCGGCCUCGAGAGCGCCGCCGCCGAGUCCGGCGCCGGCAUCGUGCUCGGCUGCUCCUGCAAGGACGACCUCUCCUGCGCCCACAAGCAGUGCGCCGAGACCUGGUUCAAGAUCAGGGGCAACAAGAUUUGCGAGAUCUGCGGCUCGACGGCAUGCAACGUGGUUGGCUUCGGUGACGCGGAGUUCAUGGAGCAGUGGAACGAAUCGGGCAACUCCGCAGCUACGCAGGCGCCGGCGAACGAGACGAGGAGGUUCUGGCAAGGCCACCGGUUCCUCAACUUCCUCCUGGCCUGCAUGGUGUUCGCCUUCGUCAUAUCCUGGCUCUUCCACUUCAACGUCCCCGGAUGAGCCUCGUCGUGCCGACUUGUUAAUAAAAAGAGCUUCAAAGACGUUGCUACUGGGAAAAUCGUGGGUGGUGUCAGGUCAAAAACUUGAAAGGCAAUCUGGGUGGGAGUGAGCCGAAGAGCUGGGUGGUCAUUGUUGAAGUGGAGGUGAAAUAUUGGUGAAUGGUGUCGUUAGUUUUGUAGAAAGUUGGCGGUGUUGCACUCAGCAGAGACGGAAGAGGGGCAAAUUUAUGGGGAAAAUGGGGGCAUGGUGCGCAUCAUGCUCUGUGAUUCUCGUGCUGGGUGGCUUAAUUAAAUAUUGUUAGCAAGGUUUGAACAGGUCCGGCGUUGAUGUUCC